AAGGCCGGCUGAGUGACAGGAAAGGCGGGGUCGCGGCCGACUGAAAGACUGGCGAAAGGGGCGGGGCCUGGCCGGCCUCGUGACCGGUGUCGUCGUCAUGUGACGCGGCCGGUCGGGCUCCCAAGAUGGCGGUGUGUGUAGCGGUGAUCGCCAAGGAGAAUUAUCCUCUUUACAUCCGCAGCAUCCCCACGGAGAAUGAGCUCAAGUUCCACUACAUGGUGCACACAUCCCUGGACGUGGUGGAUGAGAAGAUCUCUGCCAUGGGGAAGGCCCUGGUGGACCAGAGGGAGCUCUACCUGGGCCUGCUCUACCCUACAGAAGACUACAAGGUAUAUGGCUACGUGACCAACUCCAAGGUGAAGUUUGUCAUGGUGGUGGAUUCCUCCAACACGGCGCUCAGAGACAACGAGAUCCGCAGUAUGUUCCGGAAGCUGCACAACUCCUACACAGACGUGAUGUGCAACCCCUUCUAUAACCCGGGGGACCGCAUUCAGUCCAGGGCCUUCGAUGGCAUGGUGACCUCCAUGAUGAUCCAGGUCUGCUGAGCAGAGCUCUGCAGCCCCUGGCUGGAAGGAAGGGUUCUGUACAUAACCACAUUGUCCAGAUGUCUGUUCAUCUCACUUGCCUCUCCUGGGGGUCGCUGGGGGCAGGCCUCAUGCUUGGGGCAUGUUGACUAAAGGUCUCGUGAGAUCAGCUUUGGGUUUUUCCUUCUGAGACAGCAGAGGCUUGAAUUAAAGAGAGUUUAGGGAC